ACCCUGUGUCUCUCCGCAGGUCCUACCUCUCGGAAGAUGCAUUAUUACAGAUACUCCAGCGCCGAGGUCAGCUGCUGGUACAAGUACCUCCUCUUCAGCUACAACAUCGUCUUCUGGUUGGCUGGAGUCGUCUUCCUGGGAGUCGGACUGUGGGCAUGGAGCGAAAAGGGGGUGCUCUCCGACCUCACCAGAGUGACCCGGCUGCAUGGAAUUGACCCCGUGGUGCUGGUGCUGAUGGUGGGCGUGGUGAUGUUCACGCUGGGGUUUGCUGGCUGCGUGGGGGCCCUGCGGGAGAACAUCUGCCUGCUCAAGUUUUUCUGCGGCGCCAUCGUGCUCAUCUUCUUCCUGGAGCUGGCCGUGGCCGUGUUGGCCUUCCUCUUCCAGGACUGGGUGAGGGACCGGUUCCGGGAGUUCUUCGAGAGCAACAUCAGAUCCUACCGGGACGACAUUGACCUGCAGAACCUCAUCGACUCCCUGCAGAAGGCCAACCAGUGCUGUGGGGCGUAUGGCCCUGAAGACUGGGACCUCAACGUCUACUUCAACUGCAGUGGUGCCAGCUACAGCCGAGAGAAGUGCGGGGUGCCCUUUUCCUGCUGCGUGCCAGACCCCGCGCAAAAGGUCGUGAACACACAGUGUGGAUAUGAUGUCAGGACUCAGCUGAAGAGCAAGUGGGACGAGUCCAUCUUCACGAAAGGCUGCAUCCAGGCGCUGGAGGGCUGGCUCCCGCGGAAUAUCUACAUCGUGGCUGGCGUCUUCAUUGCCAUCUCCCUGCUGCAGAUAUUUGGCAUCUUCCUGGCGAGGACCCUGAUCUCGGACAUCGAGGCGGUGAAGGCAGGCCAUCACUUCUGAGGAGAGAGGCACGCGAGUGGAGCUGAGCCACGCCAUGGAGGCCCAACCCUUCACUGUCGUCACUGUGGUCCCGAGGGAGGGAAGUGGAUCACCCAGCCACAGCCAGCACCCCGUCUUCAGCAUCAGUGUGACGUGACUUCUGUUUCUGCUUGCUGGUGCUGAAGACCCAGGGGCUCCUCUUAGCUGCACAGACUUGUUAACAAGACCCCUCCUGGGCAGGGUCUCCCAAGAGACAGAGAAUGUGUCUUUACGUGGGGCUAGUGACUC